AUGUCCGGCGAUUCGAAGACCUCGGCGGCCAUGGAGAUCGCCGACAAAAUUGAUUCGAACGACGCUAAGGCAGUAGAUAUCGAGUUACAGAUUCUUGCGACUAUGCGUUCCCGCGCAACCUACCUCAGAGAAAAAUCAGACUCUCUUACCCUUGAGAGUGUGAGGAGGUUACUGGAGAAGGACAUGAAAUUGGAGAAGCAUGCUUUGGAUGUGCAUAAGAGCUUUGUUAAACAACAUUUGGUUGAGUGCUUAGAAGGUGUUGAAGAUGAGGGCACUUCAGAGAAUUCUCAAGAAACUGAGAAGAAAGAUGAUGCAACUCCAGUGAAAGAAGAAGCAAAGUUAUCUCAAGAGCACAAGGCGGAAAAAGAUGCCAAGGAAGAUACGAACGGUGAUGAUGAGAAGAUGAAAGAUUCACCAGUGAUGGGACUUUUGACAGAAGAAAACACAUCCAAAUCUGUAGCUGAGGAAAGCAAACAAGUCCUGAAGAGUGACAUCAAGAAAGCCCUUCGUAAAAGGUCUUCUUACAUUAAGGCUAACUCUGAGAAAAUUACAAUGGGCAUACUUCGUAGACUUUUGGAGCAAGAUCUUAAAUUAGAGAAGUUUUCUCUUGACAUACACAAGAAAUUCAUUAGUGAAGAAUUAGAGGAAGUACUACAAGCUUUUGAAGCUACAAAACCAUCAGCUGAGUCCAAGAGGAAAAAUCUAACCAAGAAGGUCAAGAGCACGUCAGCUAAAGAGUUAGACAGUGAAGAUGAAAUGUCUGAUUCAGAUGGUGAGGACGAGGAGGAAGAUGACAAGGAAGUCGCUGUAAAGAAGAAGACUGCUUUAUCAAAGUCAGAAGGAACCGGAAAGCGGAAACGUGAGAAGGAGAAAGUUGCAUUUGCAAAGAAGACUAAACAAGCAGAUUCAGAGAGCGACAGUGAUGAAGGAAAUAAUGUAUCCUCUUCAUCUGUGAAGAAACAGCAACCUGCAACGCCUGUGUACGGGAAGCGUGUUGAGAAACUUAAAGCAGUCAUAAAGUCCUGCGGAAUGAGUGUUCCUCCUUCGGUUUACAAGAAAGUCAAGCAGGCUCCUGAGAAGAAACGCGAGGAUACUCUGAUUAAAGAACUUGAGGAGAUACUUACCAAAGAAGGGUUGUCUUCUAGUCCUUCAGAGAAGGAGAUCAAAGAAGUCAAGAAGAGAAAACAAAUAACAAAAGAGCUUGAGGGUAUUGAUACAAGCAACAUUGUCUCGAGUUCAAGGAGAAGAUCAAGUGCAGGUUUUUUUGUACCUCCUCCAAAGCCGAAAAUAGUUGAAGAAAGUGAGAGCGAUGAAUCAGAAGAUUCUGAGAAUGAAGAGGAUGAUGAUGAAGAGGUUGAAGAAGACGAAGAAGGAGAAGGGGAAGAUGAAGAAGGAGAAGGAGAAGUAGAAGACGAACAAAAGGGAGGUAAUGAGGAUAGCGGAUAA